AUGACGAGGCCUCAGAUUAUUCGAGCUGAUACCUUGGAUCUUCAAGAUCACGAUGAGCCUUCCGCGAAAGACCACACAAGACAACCUGAACACCCACAACCCCUUGGGAGCGGCCGGCCUGCUCCCCACCAAGAGCUUUCUAUUCGCCAUGCCGAAGAAGAUCUGCAAUCGGAGAUAAAUGGCGGACGCGACAGGAGCGAGCACCGCAAUGGCAAGGAUGCGGAUGGUGAACAGGAUGACGAGGAUGACAAUGAGGAUGACAAUCGGUAUGGGCACGAGGAUGGAGACCUGGCAGAUGGUGAAAACGAUGACUUAAUGGACGACGACGACAUGAUGGACAAGAUAUCCAGCUCGCCCUCCAUCGACGAUGAGGAUAUUGAUUUCGAGUUCGUCUACGCGCUUCACAACUUCGUCGCCACCGUUGAUGGUCAGGCAAACGCUGCAAAGGGUGAUACGAUGGUUCUCCUCGAUGACAGUAACAGCUACUGGUGGCUGGUUCGUGUCGUCAAGGAUGGAAGCAUUGGUUAUCUCCCUGCGGAACACAUUGAAACGCCCACGGAAAGGCUCGCCAGAUUGAAUAAACACAGAAACGUGGAUCUUUCUGCGACUAUGCUGGGAGACAAUAAUGAGAAGUCCAAGAAUCCAUUGAAAAAGGCUAUGCGUCGUCGCAACGCAAAGACUGUCAAUUUCGGAGCUCCGAUGUACAUUGACGCCUCUGAUGUCGAUUACUCGUCGGACGAGGACUCCGAACAUGGCGACUUCUUCAACGACGAUGAAACUUUGGAUGGCGAGGAUGAAGAGGCACAAGACCAAGGCGAGGAUAUCGUCGUGGAGCCUCUAAGGCCCAAGGGCCAGAAAGACAAAUCCAUGGAGUCCUCGGACAACAACGGUUCUCACGAGAGACAAGAUUCACAACUUUCAGGUUCCGAAAGACGCCCGUCAAGCGAAGAGUUCUUCGAAGUGGAAGGUAAAUUAAACCCUCUACCAGCAAGUCUCGUGCCGUGGACUGACUCUUCUUCGACAGAACCCACUGUCAGUAGAUCCAGAAAUGGCACUGUACGAAACACCGAUUCCUUCUUCAAAGAUGAUACUGCGGAGCCCAAGAAGAUUUCUCUUACGCCAAAUCUGCUGCGUGAUGCGCGCGAUGAAAAUGGCCUGAGUACUUUGGCAGAGUGGAAAGAGCCCCGUGGAAGCCUCGACUCUCUUGAAAAGGGAACCAAUCCGCAAGACAAAGCAAAGGAGAAGGAGGAGAAGAAACGAAAGGAAAAGAAAUCAGGAAUGCUCAGCGGAUUGUUCAAGCGCAAGAAGAACAAAGACGAUGUCGAUGAACCGGACAGGUCCCCCAUAGACUCAGCAUCCCGGACAUCACCUCAACCAAAGACCUCUAUGGAGUCAAUGUCGUCGAAGUCCAUGUCACCCGAUCAGCAGCGAUCCUCCAAAGAGCAACAGCGGUCUUCCAAGGAAUCCCAACGACCUUCCAAGGAAUCUCAACGACCCUCAAAGCCACAGAAGCACACGGUUAACAAGCUACACAAGCAGCCUGCUGGCAUUAUGAAGGUCGAUACAGACCUCGACCCGGACAUGGCUGCAUACAACAGUAGCGAAGCUAUCCAUCAUAAUCUGGGUGACCAGAGCAUUCGGCAAGUCCCGCAGGACGAGCAGGAAGAAAGUGGCUAUGAGGAUUGUGACAUUGUCUUGCAAUCACCAAUCAGCCCAGCUAGUGUGUCCAAGGAUCCUUUCUCGACUCCACUUGAAUCCAUGGACCCAUUGGCGUCCCCGGUUGACCGUCCGUCCAGUGGGACUCAAUGGAGAGGGCCCAGCGAGUAUGGUCGCACAUCGGCUGGCUCCAAUUCCGUAACAUCCCCGGCCCAGAGGUUUGCACCCGAGGUGAGCGGAGCCGCGUCCGAGUCUCCCGUGAAACACUCUCCGGUGGAAGCGUACGUUCCUGUGGGAGUCGAAGGCAUCACAGAGGCAUCACAGAGCACACGCUCUCUGUCGCCACCCUCGUCGCCCUCAUCGGUAGGAAACGACACUCAAUACCAAAAGAGCAUCACAACAACUCCAGCCUCGGUCGAUACACUCUCUGUGGAUACACCGACUUGGAGCGAUUCUAGUCUGAGAUCGUACAUGGACGAAGAAAACGACAUUCGUGACUUGUUCAUCAUUGUCCAUGACAAAUCGAAUGUCCCUCCGGCUGGUCCUGACCACCCGAUCACUGGUCGUCUGUUCAAGGAAGAAAGCAAGAAGCUGAAGGAAAUGAACAACCAGCUUGAUGAGAUGCUUGUGAGCUGGAUGUCUCAACGAUCUCAGAACACUUCCUCGACUAGGAAACAGAUAGCUUCCUAUUAA